AAUGCAAAGUACAGCGAAUGCUGAAAAUAAUGGAACAACAGUCUAUGUAACAAUCAAUGGAGAUCAAGGUCGUAUUUUUGAGGUUCCGGUUACAAUAAGACCUGAUGCUACUCGUGGUUCUAUUUCUGGUGCUACAGUAACAAAUGCUUUGGAGGCGGCUUCGAACCUGCUUUAUGUAGUGAUUAUUUUUAUAGUACAUUCUAUGAGUCUUAUAACAGCUAUUUCAUCAACAAGAUCGGCGGCGCACCUCACGAUAAUGAUAAAUACUGGUGGAUCUCCAUUAAUGGUCAAAGUAUAG